AUGGUCAACACCAAGAAAACAAAAGUCAUGAUCUGCAGUCAAGGAAACCACACAAAGGACGAGAAAAACUGGCUCUACAAAGGGGAGAAGCUAGAAACAGUGAAGGAAUUCAAGUACCUCGGAUAUUGGUUUUCUCGUAGCGGGAAUUACAAGAAGCACACAAAGUGGACUAGCGGAAAGGCACACCAAGCCCUGAAUUCAACUUGGGGAGUCAUAAAAAGGUCUGGCAAGCUCAGGAGCAUUGUAUGGAGUUUAAGCAGCGAGCCAUACUGGAGGGACCAGGGCAUAAAACCAUGGAUGAAUGAGAUCUGGACGAAGCUAAGGUGCGGAAACAUCAGCAAGCACUUGAAAAAAGGCUUCUCCAAGGACUGGUCGUGUAGGCUUUGCAAAGGGGAAGCAGAGACAUCGCCGCACCUAUUUAUAUGCAGAGAGGUCAUGAAUGCUUGUGACAGCAAAGUGGCGCAGCAUGUGAGACAACUAGUUGACGGAAAGUUUGAGGUGUACCUUGAGUUUGCAAUUAAAGACAUCUUGAGAGGCCCGCCAAUCAAGGAAGUAUGCAUGUACUUUGAAAAAGUAUUGGACCGAAUGAAAUUCGGAACUUCAGAAGCUGAGCCAAUGAAUGGGGAAGAAGAGUCCAGCAGGGGAUGGGACAGUAUUAAA